AUGGAAGAUGGCGUUCAUUAUUUAAUGGAAGAAGAAAUACUUAACAACAGCAUUAAAAGUGUUAAACAAGAACCAACUUAUGAAAAAACUCAACAUUUGUAUGCUAUUAAUUAUGAAAAUAUUAAACUUGAAGCCGAAUCAAGCACAGAAGUUAUUAAAAGUGAAACAUUUGAUGACGAAAUUACAAUGGAAGUUGGAAGAAUUAAAAAUGAAACACCAGAAGAAGGCAGCAACGAUAUUAAUAGUGUUAUAACCUUUGCUCAAAAAGGUACUUUAGAUCAACACAAGCGUAUUCACAGGGAAGAAAAAGCGCAUUCAUGUGAAAUUUGUAGCAAACGAUUUUAUAGACCAAGUGAAUUAGUUAGACAUAAACGAGUGCAUAGUGGCGAAAAACCAUUUCCAUGUGAAAUUUGUAAUAAAGCAUUUACUCAGAAAGAUAUUGCCAGAGCAUGA